UCGCGUCCUCCCGAGAGCGGGCCCCGCCUCCGUGUGACGGCCGCACCGGGAAUUGGCGGCGGCGCUGCAGCCAUUUCCGGUUUCGGGGAGGUGGGUGCGGUGCGGAGCGGGACUUGGUGCUGCCGCCGCUGCCUCCAGAGCCUGCCUUGUGCCUGGUGCCGGCCGGACGAUGCGGCCGGAACCCGGAGGCUGCUGCUGCCGCCGCCCUGCGCGGGCGAACGGCUGCGUGGCGAACGGGGAAGUGCGGAACGGGUACGUGAGGAGCAGCUCCGCCGCCGCCGUAGCCGCAGCCGCUGCCGACCAGAUUCAUCAUGUUACAGAAAAUGGAGGACUAUAUAAAAGACCAUUUAAUGAAGCUUUCGAAGAAACGCCCAUGCUGGUUGCUGUGCUCACAUAUGUGGGGUAUGGGGUACUGACCCUCUUUGGAUAUCUUCGGGAUUUCCUGAGGCACUGGAGAAUUGAAAAGUGUCACCAUGCAACAGAGAGAGAAGAACAAAAGGACUUUGUGUCAUUGUAUCAGGAUUUUGAAAACUUCUAUACAAGGAACCUCUAUAUGAGGAUAAGAGACAACUGGAAUCGACCUAUCUGCAGUGUGCCUGGAGCGAAGGUGGACAUCAUGGAGAGACAGUCUCAUGACUACAACUGGUCAUUCAAGUAUACAGGGAAUAUAAUUAAAGGUGUUAUAAAUAUGGGUUCCUACAACUACCUUGGAUUUGCACGGAACACUGGAUCAUGUCAAGAAGCGGCUGCCAGAGUACUAGAGGAGUAUGGAGCGGGAGUGUGCAGUACUCGGCAGGAAAUCGGAAACCUGGACAAGCAUGAAGAACUAGAGAAGCUUGUAGCAAGGUUCUUGGGAGUAGAAGCUGCUAUGACAUACGGCAUGGGAUUUGCAACAAAUUCAAUGAAUAUUCCUGCCCUUGUUGGCAAAGGUUGCUUAAUUCUGAGUGAUGAGCUAAACCACGCAUCACUAGUUCUAGGAGCCAGACUGUCGGGAGCAACCAUUCGAAUCUUCAAGCACAACAAUAUGCAAAGCCUAGAGAAGCUGUUAAAAGAUGCCAUUGUUUAUGGUCAGCCUCGGACACGAAGGCCCUGGAAGAAAAUUCUAAUUCUUGUGGAAGGAAUAUAUAGCAUGGAGGGGUCUAUUGUUCGCCUUCCUGAAGUGAUUGCCCUCAAGAAGAAAUACAAGGCAUACUUGUAUCUGGACGAGGCUCACAGCAUCGGUGCCCUCGGUCCCACAGGUCGAGGUGUGGUAGACUACUUUGGCCUGAAUCCUGAAGAUGUUGAUGUCAUGAUGGGAACUUUCACGAAGAGCUUUGGUGCUUCUGGAGGAUAUAUUGGAGGCAAGAAGGAACUGAUCGACUACCUGCGCACACAUUCUCACAGUGCAGUGUACGCCACAUCCCUGUCACCCCCUGUGGUGGAGCAGAUCAUCACCUCUAUGAAGUGCAUCAUGGGGCAGGAUGGCACCAGCCUUGGCAAAGAGUGUGUGCAGCAGUUAGCUGAAAACACUAGGUAUUUCAGGAGACGCCUGAAGGAGAUGGGCUUCAUCAUCUAUGGAAAUGAAGAUUCUCCGGUGGUGCCUUUGAUGCUCUACAUGCCAGCCAAAAUUGGGUACGUCUUAUUGGAGGUCACUGGAUGA